ACCAUCACCCUGUUCUGACCCUGUGCCCAGGCCAUGUCCCACCUGCUGCCCCUGCUCCUGCUCCUGCUCCUCCCCACCCAGGGAUGCUCCAGGGAGGAACCCCAGAAACUCUGUGCCCACAACUUCAUCCGGGCCCUGGUCAGGGUCUGUGGCGGCCCCCGUUGGGCCCUCCCUGAAGGAAAACAAGCCACUGGUGGUGACCGAGAAAUACUUCAGUGGCUGCAGGACAGACCUUUCCAGGGAAUGGCACCAGAUGCCAACAUGGACGAGGACUCAGAUGGGGGACUGAUGCUGAAGCCCAGCCUGCUUGCAGAUGCGGGGGGACUGGAGCCCCACUCCAGCAUCCACAGGGCCCAACGCCAGCGAAGAGCCCCCAGCCCAGCCAAACACUGUUGUAACAACGGCUGCACCAAACGAGAUCUGCUGACUUUCUGCCCCUAUUAGUUUCCCUGGAAAGAGAAACUGAGGCCCAGAGAGGUCCACUGACUUCUCCAAGUACUCCCAAGAAGACCAAGGGAACAGAGAGCCUGGGGUCUAGGCCGGGCUGUGUGGUGCCUCAGCCCCCCAGGGUUUGGGUUCAAGCCUGUGACCUCCAGUGGUCCCUGGGUCUCUCUGGAGCAAUCAGAGGCCCAACUAGAAAGAGCCUGUAGUUUCUGGGGGAGGGAAAGAAAACCAGGCAAGGCCAUUACCUCUGCUGACCCUGAGCUCCAAUGCUGUAACUUCAAAUGUCCUCACUUUGUCCUCUGUAUUUGUCCCCAGGGGAAAAAUAACCCUAAGAAACUGGCAAAGGGU